AUGUCCGCAGAAAGCGUCGCCAAGGCGUUGUAUUCCACGUGGAUAAGCCGCUUUGGAUGUCCACAUCGCAUCACAACGGACCAAGGGCGCCAGUUCGAGUCGCAGUUGCUGACCUCGCUAACGAACUUACUUGGAGUUCGACGUUGUCGCACCACUCCUUACAGGCCCCAAGCUAACGGUCUCAUGGAGCGGUGGCACAGGACGUUGAAAGCUGCCAUAAUGCGCCACGAGACAGACAAUUGGUACGAUCUGCUGCCAACCAUUCUGUUAGGCCUCCGGAGCGGAGUCAAAGAGGACUUAGGGUGUUCCCCAGCAGAAUUGACGUACAGUUCCCAAAUACGACUGCUCGGGGAGUUUUUCUUCGAUACCAAAAUCGCCGUCGACCCCAUGUCGUUUGCAGGAAAUCUCCGCCAGCAAAUGCGCGAUUUGCGACCUACGCCUGCGACAAACCACGACGUGCACAAGAAAGUUUUCGUGCACAAGGAACUGUCGAAGUGCUCGCACGUUUUUCUACGAGACGACGCAGUCCGCAGACCGUUACAACCCCCGUAUACUGGCCCUCACAAAAUCAUACAACGCAACAACAAAACUUUCAAAAUCGACGUCAACGGCAGACAAGUCACCGUCAACGUCGACCGGGUGAAGGCCCGCGUUUUUGUUGCAGGACUCAGAAUACAUCUACACUCCAACAAUUCCCCAACCCCUUACUCCACCUAG